UCGCCUUAGAAAGUUAGCAGACCAGUGUACUGGACUUCAAGGAUUUCUUAUAUUUCAUUCAUUUGGAGGUGGCACUGGUUCAGGAUUUACGUCACUCCUGAUGGAGAGAUUAUCUGUUGAUUACGGAAAGAAAUCUAAACUAGAAUUUGCAAUCUAUCCAGCCCCACAAAUUUCUACCGCUGUUGUGGAACCUUACAACUCAAUUUUAGUUACACACACAACAUUGGAACACUCAGAUGCGGCUUUUAUGGUUGACAACGAAGCACUGUACGAUAUUUGUCGAAGAAAUUUAGACAUAGAACGACCAACGUACACAAAUUUAAACAGAUUACUCGGUCAAAUAGUGUCUUCAAUAACAGCUUCACUUCGUUUUGAUGGAGCACUCAAUGUGGAUUUAUUGGGAUUCCAAACGAAUCUCGUUCCUUACCCUCGCAUCCAUUUUCCACUAAUUACCUAUGCUCCUGUAAUUUCAGCCGAAAAGGCAUACCACGAGCAGCUAUCCGUACCGGAAAUAACAAAUGCUUGUUUCGAACCGGCAAACCAAAUGGUUAAAUGUGAUCCACGUCAUGGAAAAUAUAUGGCUUGUUGUCUACUAUACCGAGGUGAUGUGGUUCCAAAAGACGUGAGUGCGUCAAUUGGAACGAUUAAAACAAAAAGAACAAUUCAGUUUGUGGAUUGGUGUCCCACAGGAUUUAAAGUGGGAAUAAACUAUCAGCCCCCUACAGUUGUUCCUGGUGGCGAUUUGGCAAAAGUUCAGCGUGCUGUUUGUAUGCUUGCGAAUACCACAGCAAUUGCUGAGGCUUGGGCUCGUUUGAACCACAAAUUUGAUUUAAUGUAUGCCAAAAGAGCUUUCGUUCAUUGGUAUGUUGGUGAAGGUAUGGAAGAAGGUGAAUUUUCGGAAGCUAGAGAAGACAUAGCAGCUUUGGAAAAGGAUUUCGAAGAGGUGGGAAUGGAUUCUGGAGAAGGAGAAGGUGAGGGAGGAGAAGAGUGAAUGCGAGGGAGAAGAAGCCUGAUUAGUCUGAUUACGGUAUAUUGAUGACGUUACCGUUACAUACUGUAGGUAUUUACUUAAUAAGAUAGAACACCAUGUUGUCUGUGUAAUUGUUGAAUAUAUACAUUCCCAAAAUCGAA